ACGAAUGCCAUCAUACGAUCCAAGAGUUGAUCUUGCAUUUCGCAAUUGCAUACCUUCAGAUGCGCAUCACUGCAUCAUCAAAUUCAUGGCUGACACUUGACAAGAGACCCUUUGACUCUUCAAACUCUCUCACUACUAAUCACACUCAUCACUCAACCACGAGACCGAAGACAUGUCACCCCGCUUAGACGGCCAGAGCGCCAAGACGGCGCACGUCAACAUGAUGACGGAUACCAUUAUCACAAACCUCCCAACCGAGAACCUGCGGGCGAUUACGCGAUCGCUGCUGGCCGCUCAUCCGGAAAUCACCGCCACCUUCGAGGCGGAGACAAGGAAUUACAUCCAAGAUGUGGCCCUCCCAGCAGCCCAAACGCAGCGGCCCGCAAGUACCGACGUUGCGUGGCUCAAAAAGGCCCAGGCGACAAUCCGGUGCAUGCUGGGCUGCGGGCUCAGUUCACAGAGCAUCCCGCUCAUGGAAGAGGUCGUCACCGAGGGCUUGAGACUUCUGAUCGACCCAGACACGACGAAAGAGGACACGCUCGACGCUUUGGCUUCAAUCGACGGCGAUAUCGUGCAGAUCAUGACGGCCGUCGAGAAGACAUUGCUGGCGGCCUCACGGACGGUCCUUCUGGACGAAGAGCGCAAGCUCGUGACAAGUCUCCACCAGUGCCUCGUAAACUGCAGGACGGUCACAGACGAGAAAGCUGUCGAAUACCCAUACGGAAGAGCGCUCUUCUCGACUUCGAUGCUGCUAGGAGUCCCCCUUCCAACGUUUGAUACGGCAACGGAACUCGGAAGCCUGGCGCCGGGGGGUCUUACAGAAGCCAAGGAGACAUUCGUGAUGAACGGGCGCAAGCUCCCUAGAAUAUUCUCGGGGCUUUGGCAGAUGUCCAGUCCGUCCUGGGGUUCCGCGCCGACGUCCAGGAUCAUCGCCCAGUUCUCCAAGCAUCUCGAAGCGGGCAUGACGGCGUUUGAUAUGGCGGACCACUACGGCGACGCGGAAAUCAUCUUUGGCCGUUUCCGAUCGGCAUGCCCCGUCAAGGACGCGACGUUUGCAGCGACCAAGUACUGCGUCUUCAACCCGAUGAAAGUGACGCGAACUGCAGUGCAAGCCAAUGUCGCCGAGCGAUGCCGGAGAUUGCAGACUGACAAGAUCGACUUGCUGCAAUUCCACUGGCAGUUCUAUGAUGAUCCUCAGUAUCUCGAAGCCUUGCGCUUCUUGGAAGAAGACCCCAGAGUUGCCAGCCUGGGUCUCUGCAACUUUGACACUGAGCACCUCGAGGCGGCGAUAGCACAUGGCGUUAAAGUCCACACGAAUCAAGUGCAGUUCUCGUUGAUCGAUUCAAGACCGACAGUGAGAAUGGGCAAGACAUGCAAGACAAACAACAUCAAGCUCCUGACCUACGGAACACUGUGCGGCGGCUUUCUCGCCGACAAGUGGCUCGGAAAGGGGCAGCCCGAUCUCUACGACGCGGCCGUCACGCCGAGCCAGCGUAAGUACUACGCCAUGAUACGGAGCUGGGGAGGCUGGGAGCUUUUCCAGGAGCUGCUGCGGGUGCUGGAGACGGUGGCAUCGAGGCACAAUGUCAGCGUCUCCAACGUGGCGACGCGCUGGGUCCUGGACUUCCCGUACGUCGGGGCCGUCAUCGUCGGGGCUCGGAUGGGCAUCAGCGAGCACACGGACGAGAACCUGGCCAGUCUGGGGUGGUCGUUGGAAGAGAGAGAUCGGGACGCGAUCGAAGAGGUCUUGAAGAAGAGCAGGAGGCUGGAAAUGUUUGAGGCGAUGGGCGAUUGCGGAGGAGAGUAUCGAUGAAGGCCAC